GAGUGGCCAUCUCAAUCUUCUUUAUCAUCUACCUCAUCCUUAUUGCCUUCUUCAUGAUGAACAUUUUUGUGGGCUUCGUCAUCGUCACCUUCCAGGAGCAAGGAGAGCAAGAAUAUAAGAACUGUGAGCUGGACAAAAACCAGCGCCAGUGUGUGCAGUAUGCUCUUAAGGCCCGACCUCUGCGAUGUUAUAUUCCAAAGAACCCCUACCAGUAUCAGGUGUGGUACAUCGUCACCUCCUGCUACUUUGAGUACCUUAUGUUCCUUCUUAUUAUGCUCAACACCAUGUGUCUGGGAAUGCAGCACUGUAACCAGUCAGACCAUGUUACUCACCUGUCGGAUAUGCUGAACGUGAUAUUCACUGUGCUCUUCACUGUGGAGAUGAUCCUCAAACUCAUGGCUUUCAAAGCCAAGGGUUAUUUUGGAGACCCCUGGAACGUCUUUGACUUUGUCAUCGUCAUUGGAAGUGUUGUGGACGUGAUGCUGAGCGAAAUUGAUGCAGCACUGGCCUCCUCUGGAGGACUUUACUGUCUCCAUGGCUGCGCUGCAGUGGAUCCCAUGCAGGCUAUCGCGUCUUCGGAGAACAUGAGUGUGUCAGUCACCUUCUUCAGACUGUUUCGUGUCAUGCGUCUGGUGAAACUUUUGAAUCGCUCUGAAGGGAUACGGAAUCUUCUGUGGACCUUCAUCAAAUCCCUUCAGGCUCUUCCCUAUGUGGCCCUGCUUAUUCUCAUGCUGUUCUUUAUAUACGCUGUGGUUGGAAUGCAGAUAUUUGGUAAAAUUGCACUGGUUGACGGCACAUACAUCAACAGAAACAACAACUUCCAGACAUUCCCACAGGCUGUGCUGCUGUUA